AAUUGGAGAAAAGAAAGGCGAAAGUAUUGGAGGAUUUUGGCCGUGGCACAGUUUGGCGGAAGACUCGACUCUCACUCACUCUGUUACGUUGUUACGUACACCAACCUGUUAUGUGUUGAACCAAUCAUCGUUUUCCUUCAAACCCUAGCCAGCGCUCCUUACAAGCGUUUCAGUUUCUAACAAUUUGAAAUCAUGCAGUCGCCGGUUCUAGUUCUCAAGGACUCUUUGAAACGUGAGUCUGGACGCAAGGUGCAGCAUGCUAAUAUUCAAGCAGCAAAGGCUGUUGCUGAUAUAAUUCGUACAACCUUGGGACCCAGGUCCAUGUUAAAAAUGCUACUUGAUGCUUCAGGAGGCAUUGUGGUGACAAAUGAUGGAAAUGCUAUCUUGCGUGAAAUAGAUCUUGCUCAUCCUGCUGCAAAGUCUAUGAUUGAAUUGAGUCGCACCCAAGAUGAAGAAGUUGGAGAUGGAACAACGUCUGUCAUCAUUCUUGCUGGUGAGAUGCUUCAUGUUGCUGAAGCACUCAUAGAUAAGAAUUAUCAUCCUACAGUUAUUUGCCGAGCUUAUGACAAAGCUUUGGAGGAUGCCAUUGCUGUCCUUGACAAAAUUGCUAUGCCCGUUGAUGCCAAUGAUCGAGGUACAAUGCUGGGGAUAGUCAAAAGCUGCAUAGGUACCAAAUUCACUAGUCAAUUUGGGGAUUUAGUUGCUGAUUUAGCUAUUGAUGCUACUACCACAGUAGAUAUUGAUCUUGGCCUAGGUUUGAGAGAUGUAGAUAUUAAAAAUUAUAUUAAGGUUGAGAAGGUACCUGGUGGGCAGCUGGAGGAUUCAAGAGUUCUUAAAGGAGUUAUGAUAAACAAAGAUGUAGUUGCCCCUGGCAAAAUGAAAAGAAAGAUUGUUAAUCCGCGUAUCAUUCUUCUUGAUUGUCCCCUUGAGUAUAAAAAGGGUGAAAAUCAAACAAAUGCUGAAAUGCUUAAAGAAGAAGACUGGAGUCUCUUGUUGAGGAUGGAAGAAGAAUACAUUGAGGAGCUCUGCAUGCAGAUAUUGAAGUUUAAACCAGAUUUGGUGAUUACAGAGAAAGGACUUAAUGAUUUGGCAUGCCAUUUUCUCAGUAAGCAUGGAGUUAGUGCAAUCAGAAGGCUGAGAAAAACUGAUAAUAAUAGAAUUGCCAAAGCAUGUGGUGCUGUUAUUGUGAACAGACCGGAUGAAUUACAGGAGUCUGAUGUUGGUACUGGUGCUGGGUUAUUUGAAGUUAAGAAGAUUGGAGAUGAGUUUUUUGCAUUUAUUGUUGAAUGCAAGGACCCCAAGGCUUGCACUGUACUAUUGAGGGGUGCUAGCAAGGAUCUCCUAAAUGAAGUUGAAAGAAACCUCCAGGAUGCCAUGUCUGUAGCAAGGAACAUAAUAAAAAAUUCAAAACUUGUUCCUGGAGGAGGUGCUACUGAGUUGACUAUAUCAGCAACACUGAAGCAGAAGAGUUCAUCUGUUCAAGGUAUACAGAAGUGGCCUUAUGAAGCUGCUGCCAUUGCUUUUGAGGCAAUCCCCCGUACUUUGGCACAAAAUUGUGGAGUAAAUGUGAUCCGCACUAUGACUGCACUACAAGGAAAACAUGCAAAUGGAGAAAAUGCAUGGAUGGGCAUAAAUGGAAAUACUGGUGACAUCACUGACAUGAAAGAGUGCAAGAUCUGGGAUGCUUACAAUGUGAAAGCACAAACAUUUAAGACUGCCAUUGAAGCUGCUUGCAUGCUUCUGCGGAUUGAUGAUGUAGUGAGUGGGAUCAAGAAGAGGCAGGCCCCUGGAGCAGGCCAGGCUCGUUCAAAGCCUAAGGUUGAGACCGAGGUAGAUGCUGACAGUGAGCAAAUUCUUCCUGAUUGAGAACAUAGCUGCACUGACAUUGUUUUUUGACGCGAAGAAUUGAAGAUGUGCUAUGUUCUUGGAGAUCAUUUAAAUCUAAUCACCAUUCUUUUAGUUUUGAGUAUUGGUGAGCAUGUAGUUAGUUUGACUGUUCAUCUGUCAUGUUGAGAUUUUGUGGCCACGGUAAUAUUGUUCAUCUGUGAAGUCUCGGUAUUUUCUUGGUUUCAAGUUCAAUGUGUUCAUGCGCUAUGCAGGCUAGCAAUGACUCCCUUCACCGAAUUGCACCCAGGGUCCCAGACAAUUAUUUAACAAUAAUAAAAUGUGAGCAGUAAACACUCUGAAAAAUAACAUUUUAAUUGUUUUUUUUUA